CUUGUUUUUUUCUUCUCUCUUGCAUAGGAUUGCUGCCUGACAGACAGGAAAAGGGGUCGAGAGGAAGCUAUUGGCGCCUAAUUCUUUCAUGUGGGAGAAAGCGUAGCCCAGGGACCGUCCUGAUUUAUUGGCCUUCUGAAGCACAUCCCUACAGCGCCUUUCCCUCGUAAAUCCUUCAAACUGGCACUUGCUCGGUUAAAGCCUCCAUAGCCAAGAGUGCUUCUGAGCAUGUGCAGAAGCUUGUGCCUUACGCAACAGUUGGCUGAGUGAAAUCUCCAUGACCCUUUUCUUCCUUACUCUCUCCCACAGAUACAUCUUGGAUUAAGUAGUAAGUCAUCAUGGAAACAAAUUCUAUAAGCAGAAGAUACGAAACAAGGAGAAGCACAAGAGCAGAAACACCAGUAGCCAAAUCUCGGGUUGACUGGCAGCGGACCAAGAGGAGAAGUAGAUUGCUCGAUAGUGAAGAAGAAGAUGAUGAACUUACAUCACCAUCAGAAAAGGAAUUUGAAACAAGUUCAGAUGAUGAUGCAGAUGAAAAAGGAAAGGAUGAAUCCAUCCUUCACAAAAAUGAGGAAGAACCUGCAGUGAAUGCAGGUGGACUUUCAGAUGAUAAGACAGGUUGUGAUGGUGCAACAGCAGAGGACGUGGAAGAAGAGCACAUCAACCCUGGGAAGCGCAAGAGAUCUCGGUUAUCUGUAAUGUAUGACAGUGACGAAAGUGAUGAUAGCGAUAUCGUUAGGAAAGUGUUUGCUAAACGCAGUUGCAUAAUAGAUGAGGAAGACUUGUCUGUCAACCAGAAAGUUCACACAACACCUGCAGAAGAAGCAGCAAACAGAAAAGAAAAAAGACUAAUGAAACUGAAGGAACUGUCCCGACGGCGAUCGGCUUCAGCUUGUAUUAACGAACAUGUUAAGGAUACUGAUGAUGAGAUAAUACUAGAUGAUUCCAAUGACACAUCUGAGGCCAACAGCAUGAAGGAUUUCAUAGUUGAUGAGGAGGAAGGGGAAGAAUUGGAUCAGGAAAACUCUGAGAAGAAUGAAAGCCAGCCGCAAGGGAAAGAGCAAGCUCUGUCAUGCACACUGUUGGAGAAGCACAUACCAUGUUUGUCUCGCGUUGAUCAUUUUGUCCAUUUUCAAAGAGUUGUAAAAGCUUUUCUCAUCAAUGCAGUUGAUGAUACUUUCCUGAGCUCCUUAUAUGAGGGGAAAAGACAAAAGAAGUAUGCACAGAAUAUGCUGACUUCCCUCCAUUACUUGGAUGACCGUUUUGUUCAACCUCGUCUUGAUAAUUUACUCAGUAGAAGUCGCUGGAAAGAACGAUAUAAGGAACGAGUGGAUAGUUACCCUGAUGUCCGCAUAGUUUUGGGAAAGCCAGUACAACGUUCCUGUCAAGCCUGUGAACUUCAGAGGUACUGUAAGUUUACAGUACAUCUGUCAGGAAAAUUAUACAAUAGUGAAACAUUGGAAGUAGAUGACUUCAUGUCACAUGAUAAGCAGCUGUUAAAAGUUGGUGUCGUGUGUGGAAACCGUACCCGUGUUUAUCAUAAUCUGAGGCAUUUUAAAUAUAAGCUAUAUCAGGAUUGCUGCUUGGUUAUGAAGAAUGAUGGUUCUGAGGAUGGAAGCGUUAAAGAUUCGGUGGAAAGAGUGUUCAGCCAGCUGGAUGAAGAUGGCUGGAUUGAUAAGCAAUAUGCUGAGCUGGAAGGCUACAUGGACAGCGCAGAUUUCUUCCAGGAUGAAAAAAUGGACUAAAUGUUUGUGCAUUCAUUUUCUGAAGAAGGGUUUUUAAGAACUUAAAUGUGCUUGCUUUAGACUUGUGAUAGAAUUUGAAGAUAAUGCCACAUUGUGGCAAGUGUUCUUUUUUUAUUCCCAAACCUGAUAAUUAUAAUAAUAUAUUUGCAUAUUCUUAUGGCUACAUUUAAGUUAGUUAGUUUGGUUAUUUUUCAGCUUUUAUUUUAAUUAUCAGAAUAAUUAUCUGCAGGAUUUUUAAAGUGGAAGGUACCCCUUCCAGGCAGUUCAAUGUAAUGCUCUCAAAUGAAAAACCAAUCUGAAUAACCCAAGAGUUCAUUCAGGAAAUGAAUUUUUCUGCACUGCAAUGCCAAAGUAGAUUGUGCCAGUGUGUGAGAAAUGCUUGACUUCAUUCUGAAAGAAGAAAGGUUUAUAUAGUAAGAACCCCACAGACUAUACGAUGCAAUUGUUUUCCCAGCACAGUACUUAAAAACUGCUAUAAGCAUCAAGCACUUUUUUUCUGGGAGACAGGGCAGUAAGAGAUUAUCUGUCUCUUUAAAGCCAGCAGGCUAUCAUUGUUUAUGAAUCCUGGAGGCCCAUAAUUCAUGCACUUGCAUUUAGCCUGCAUGUUUGGCUCAGAGGCAUAAAAAAAUGUCAAACAUCCUCUGAAACAAAACAAAAACAAUAACAAUCCACAUUGAGAGCAAUACUGAAUCAUGGCAAAACAAAUAGCAUUAUUUAAUAAUUUCUGUAGAAUUUGAAAAGAAGCUUUCCAAUAUUUUUUUCUCAUUUGUGCUGGACCACUGUUACGUGUUUGAUACCAGUUAGGUCUUGCUUCCAUUUUGGACUGUGAUGCAGGGACUUCGAUGGACAGUUGCUGUAUGAAUUGGGGGUUCAAUAAUGGAUUUAGUGUUAGAAUAUUGAUGAAUGGGGCCUGUAAUGAAAUCUUGCUGUCUAAGGUACCAACAAGGCCCUCUUUCCAUCUUCCAGGAUAGUCAAUUUCAUUCCUAUCCAUGGCCAAUUUUUGUAAUUAUCCACAUAUAAACCUACACCAGUAUUCCACUGAGUGGGUGGCGCAGUCCCCACCUUUAAGGUUUUCUGCCUUAAACAUGCAAUUUUUAUGAACUUCCAAAGCCUGCUUACAUUUCUUGUACCUGGACGGCAUUUUUUGGCUAUAUAAGGAUCGACAUUUUAACAGUGUUCAUUUUUAAUAUUUAAGAUGGACCAGCCAGUCUAAGAAGCUCGGCAGUGUCAGUUUCAGAGUUAAUAUAUAGGAUGGAUGCUCUGACUUGAUGUGAAUAGGAGAACUGGGCUAUGUUGCUGUUUAGGGAGAUUUGGGAUACAAAUGUGGCCAGCACAGGGUGCAUAUGAUUUCUAUACUCAUACAAAGGGAGAGCUAUCCUGAGGCCAUAUGCCUUCAUAAAUAGUGGCAGAUCACCUCUUCCAUGGCCUUAGAGAGAACACUGAACACAGAGGAGUAAAUCCAAUCAUCCUAGCUGCAACAGAAGGCUGCUUUUAUGAUGAUCACAACUGCAACCUCAUGAGACAAGCCAGAGGAGUAAAGGACAUGCUGGCAGGGAGAGAGAAGAAAGCCCAUGAUACAUUAUGACCUAUGGGUUCUCUAUUCCCCUCUCCACCCUCCCAAAGGUACAUCAGCUUAAUAGGUUUGAGUGUCUAGCUGCUUUUGCAUUUUAAAUAUAGGCAAAAUCACCUCUUUUUACUUUACCUGGCUCUUGCCAGCAGGACAUAGGAUAGGUGGAGGGCUCCAGACUUGGAGCCAUCUGCCUGUUGGGAGCUCAGCUUAUAGGACUGUAACCUAUGCUAUUUAACAAUCAUGUGCUUUCCUCUCUUAAGCAUGUGUCCUUUCGUCUCUAUUCACUUCCAGUGUCACUAGAGAAUAGUCCUGGAGCAGAAUACAUGCCCCAUGUUUUAUUUCCUGGCAUUCCCAGGUAGGGCUGGGAAAGACCCACGGCUCAAAUGCUAGAGCUGCCUGUCUCAAAACAGAAUGUUCAGCUAGAUGGAGUUUUGGUCUGAUUCAGCAAGGCAAUUCUUACAUUCUUGCUUAAUUGAAGGCAUACCUUCAGUUGAAGACAUUUAUAUCCCACUUUUCAGGACUGUACCUUCACACAUGGCUUACAAAGAAGGCAUCGGAGACAGGCACAUACAUGUGCAAAUCAGCACAAUCAACAUUAAGGAAAAUUAAAUGAACUUGAAUUAAUUGAGAGUGGAACAUGCACGUGAACUACUAUUUGGGAAAGGCCAGGAUGAGCAAAUAUUGUUAAAGACCUGCACCAAUCAUGUAAGGUGCAAAGCAGCAGGACAGGAGUUGCAUAAGUAAGGCACCAGUCCCUUGCAUUCACCAGUCUAGCUGUUCUAAGCAGGGAGAUUCUGUUAAUUUCAGAAUCACUGGCUGUGCUUCCAUUCCUGUUUUGCGCCUGCUCCGAUAGCAGGACAACAACUGCUAAAGGAGUGGCGUGCAAGUGCAAGAGGUACUGGGGGCAUCAGUGCAGAACAGCCUGCACUCCCCAUUCAGAAUCCUUAUGUUCAGAUUCAUUGUGAUAAAUAAAGUCUGAAAUACUGUGUA